CACCAUCCCAUUGAAAUUACAGCUCUGGUUCUUAGCCCAGUGCUUGGUAUUUAGGAAGUGAUUAAUUAAUAGUUGUUGACUGACUGACCAAGAAACCCAAAACAAAACAAAAAGCCUGGUGGUAGAGGCAACUGUUGCAAUAGUUCAAAUUUGUGGUGGCAAUGCGAAUGACAUGUGAGAGACAUUAUUGAGAAAGAAUUGAAAAAACUUGGUAACUGAAUGAAUUUGAGUAGAAGACACAGAUAUGUAUAGAUGAGAUGAAAGAAGGUAAUAGUCAAGAUAGGAACCAAGAUUUUGAAUCUGAGUGACAGGAAGAAUGAUGAUUUAAAAGACAAGUCAGAAAGAGGAGAAAGGCUGAUCCUAGAGCAAAAUUAAAGUUGAAGACCUCUAUUGCUAUCAUUGGCACAAUCCCUCCUCUACCCUGACAAUCCCUCCCCCUCCUCAAUUUCAUACAUUGUGGGAUAUCCAGAUGUUAUAAUUAGGGAACUCGAGUUGUAAAACUGAAGAUUCAAAAAAAAAAAAAAAAAAAAAAAAAGGCUGAAGAUACAGAUUUUAGAGUCUUUCUCACAGAGGAGGUAGCUAAGGAAGAAAGAAAAGUUCAGCGCAGCAUAGGGGCAGAAAGAGCAAGUGUGGAGCCAGUGAAGAAGGAAGAAGUGCCCCACUCUGCUUUCUCCUCCCCUCUUCCCCCCCAACCCCCGCAAUAGACUAGAGGGCUAGUAUAGAGACCAGUAGAGAAAAGUUUUCCAACAGGAAGGGAUGGAUGAUUAAUCGUUCAAGUGCUUCAAAGGUGUCAAAUCCGAGGACAAAGAACUUGUACUGGUGAAAAGAGGUGAAGGAGAGCACUUUAUGUUAAGACGGUAUUGCUCUUAGUGAUACUGUAACCAAUUUUGGCCAUUCAUAUUAUCCAUAAAAACAUUUAUUAAGUGCCUACUAUCUGCAGCACACUGUUAGGUACCUAUGGAAAUUAAAAAGUAAAUAGGUAAUGGUGCCUGCCCUCAAUUGCUGGAGGUAAAAAAAGGCCCUUAAAUUUGCUCGAGGCUCAGACAAGUCUCAGGCUCAGCCUCCGUUCCUCCUAGCUUCUCCUCCGUUUAGAGGUGCAAUGGUACAACCCUCACCUCCCCUCCUUCCCCGCUCGCGUGGCGCCGCCCAUCGCACUUCCGGUUGUUGCCGGGCCCUACAUCCGGUGUCCGCCCGCCCUAGGCUCCGCUGCCCAGAUCGCGAUGCUGUCCCGUUCCCGCUGCGUGUCUCGGGCGUUUAGUCGCUCGCUCUCCGCCUUCCAGAAGGGGAACUGCCCUUUAGGGAGGCGUUCCUUGCCUGGUGUCUCCCUGUGCCAGGGACCAGUUUAUCCUUACAGUAAAAAGUUUGUCGUAAACGGCUCUGUCUUGAAUGUUCGCUUCUUCAGAACUACAGCAGUGUGCAAGAAUGAUAUUAUUACAGUCAAAACUCCAGCAUUUGCAGAGUCUGUCACAGAGGGGGAUGUCAGGUGGGAAAAAGCUGUUGGAGACACCGUCUCAGAAGAUGAAGUGGUUUGUGAAAUUGAAACAGAUAAGACAUCUGUGCAGGUUCCAUCACCGGCAAAUGGAGUGAUUGAAGCCCUUUUGGUACCUGAUGGAGCAAAAGUGGAAGGAGGAACCCCUCUGUUCACUCUCAGGAAAACUGGCGCUGCUCCUGCUAAAGCCAAACCAGCUGAAGCUCCUCCUGCUGCAGCCCCUAAACCAGAUUCUGUAGCAGCUCCUCCUCCCCCUCCCCCACCUGCUGCAUCUAUACCCACCCAGAUGCCCCCAGUGCCCCCAGUUUCAGCACAACCUGUUGAUACCAAACCUGUGUCUGCAGUAAAACCCUCUGCUGCUGUUUCAGCAGCAGAGCCAGGAGCUGGCAAAGGUGUGCGUUCAGAACAUAGGGUAAAAAUGAACAGGAUGCGACAACGUAUUGCUCAGCGUCUGAAGGAAGCCCAGAAUGUAUGUGCAAUGCUGACUACUUUUAACGAGGUUGAUAUGAGUAACAUCCAGGACAUGCGGGCCCGACACAAAGAAACUUUUCUGAAAAAACACAACUUGAAACUAGGCUUCAUGUCAGCAUUUGUGAAGGCCUCUGCCUUUGCUUUACAGGAGCAGCCAAUAGUAAAUGCAGUGAUUGAUGACACAACCAAAGAGAUCGUGUAUAGGGAUUAUAUCGAUAUCAGUGUUGCCGUGGCCACUCCACGGGGACUUGUGGUACCAGUUGUUAGGAAUGUGGAAACUAUGAAUUUUGCAGACAUCGAACGAACCAUAAAUGAGCUGGGAGAGAAGGCCCGAAAGAAUGAGCUUGCCAUAGAAGAUAUGGACGGUGGCACUUUCACAAUCAGCAAUGGAGGAGUCUUUGGCUCCCUCUUUGGGACCCCCAUCAUCAACCCCCCUCAGUCGGCCAUCCUGGGCAUGCAUGGCAUUUUUGAUAGGCCUGUUGCUAUUGGAGGCAAGGUGGAAGUGCGGCCCAUGAUGUAUAUAGCACUGACUUAUGACCACCGACUGAUUGAUGGCAGAGAGGCAGUGCUUUUCCUUCGAAAAAUCAAGGCAGCAGUGGAGGAUCCUCGUGUCCUGCUACUUGACCUUUAGGGAAAGUUACACUCUCUAAAGCUCUAACUCACAGAGACUGAAAACCAGUCUUCCCCUACCCCCUCAUGUGUACCUGGGUCAGCUGGGUGGGAGACAGCCCCAAAUGCUGUUGGCUUAAGGGAAGCCAGAGCACUAGGUAACCAGCAGCUACAGCUCCUUUUAGGGCAUUCCUGUCCCUCUCUCCACUGCCUUUGUCUUAAAAUGAAUGCUCUUACUUCCUUAUUAUGCUCAAAGGAGGGGGAGAGAGAGAGAGAGAGAGAGUAUUGAUGGAGCCUCAUUAAUAUCCUAGCCUUUCUUCCAUGCAUCCUCCCCAGAGAUGAUUUUGCUUUUUCCCUGUGGCAGUAUAUAAUAGAGAAACCACUAGAGAUAUUUUAAUCCCUCUGUCCUACACCUGCCCAGUUUCCCAAAAUCCGACAUCCUCAGAGGCACAGGAGGAAGAUCCUGGCCCCCAGAAUUAUGAAGCUAUCGCCCUGGCUCUGAUCUUUCCGACUCUGGGCCCUGUGCAAAGUUUCUUUACUCAAAUACAGGGGAAGAGAUGCUGCUUUGUUUCUUAAAGGGCACCUUCCAGCCUCAGUAGCCUGUGUUGGCUUUAAAAUGCCUCUUCUACCUCUUCGGGAAGCACAGACCAAGUGGCCUGAGGUUAGAGGGAAGUGGAAGACAGGAGGGCAAGUUGGCCCAACAGACUUCAACUUGUGUCUCCAGAAGUGAGAGUGCAUUAGGUUUGCACUUAGACCAUGGUCAUAUCAGCAGAAAGGCCCAUCUCUGCACAGGCAUGCACAGUCUUGCUGUGCUCACCUGCUUUUCUUUAUAAGUUCCUAGCAAUCAUACCAGCAAAGGUGUUGCAUUUUAGAAUCAUCUUCAUUCUAGGGUGGAAGUGUGGAACAGUGGAGGUAGAAUUUGGUUGAGAGGUCUGGUAAAUUUCCAACUAGGUGUUGCUGCCUGCUAUUUUUCUGGAUGUGUAUUUGAAGUUCAAAUUGGUCUUUUCUACCCUAUAUGGACCAAUUCUGGUUAUACUUUGUAGGCUGGCAGAGGAGCGGAAGCAAUAUUGGCUUCUGGGUGCAUUAGUCCAGGGCCAAGAUAAGGACAGUACACACACUUCCUGAAGUUCUCCACCUUAGCAAAAAGCCAGCUGUGAGUUGUUAGAAUAAGAGAAUGAAAUGCCUGGAGUCCUCUUUGAAGUACUGCUCAAUAUUGGUGGGCAAAAUCAUUGGGGUCCCUUGGAAAAUGUUUAAGAAUAUACUUUCUAUUGUGAGGGCUACUGGAAAUCCAUUGAUAUGUAUCCAAAUACCCAGUUCUGAGGCUGCUGGAAUCAUGGGGCCAUUUAUCAGGGCCCAGCAUGAGAGGGAUGAGGAGGGUGGAAUCCAGUACUGAGUGCCUGCAGUGUCUACUACUCUAUCUCCAAUAUACAGAACUUGUAAUUAAAAUAUUUAAAGAAACCAAUUUUAAAUGAAAUUAAAGGGGAAAUGUUCUCAAACCGC